AUGACCGAAGUCAUCGUCAACCCGGCGGAGACCCCGGCCGAGAGGGCCAGAAACGUUGCCCAGUACCUAUACCCUGACCUCCUCCUCCUCGUCGUACUGGUAUUCGGUGCCCUCUAUUCCGUGUACAAUGCCAGACGUAAGGAGGACAUCAUUGUACCCACGGUCACUGGCCCUGGGGGAAAGCCGCUACCCGUCUCCAAGAGACGAAGAACAGAUGACGAAUCGAGCGAGCCCGAAGAGGCCUUCACCCCGCACGUCCGACGAUGCUUCCAAUGGAUCUACACCAUGGUGACCUUUACCUUCAUUGGCCAGGGAGCCGCAAUUGCAACCCGUGCCUUGAUCAACAGAAGUACCGAUGGCGUGCAUGGCUGGUGGUGUGGCGAGCCAAAGACUGUCUACGUCCUCGGAUCGACAUUCCUCUACAUAUUUGUCUGCAUCACUUUGUUCGACAAUAAACAAGAACCUGGACCGAUCUUCAUGCUAAUGUGGUCAAUUGCACUUUGCAUGGAGAUCAUUAUCUUCGUCUGCGAUGCUGUCGUACUUUCCAGGCCUCACAAAGUCAUGAUCAAUCUCAAUCGCGAUAAGUAUGUGAUUGUGGACGACAUCAACAAGUGGGACAUGGCGGAUAUAGGCCUCUCGGGUGUUCGACUCUGCUUGAUCCUUGGCAGUGUUCUUGUCUGGGCAAUCGUCACACUCCUCAAGAGACGCGCCGCUCGUGAGAAGUACGACCGCGAACAUAACUACCAGUUCGAAGCCGACGAGAACACCCCGCUCAUGAAUGCCAGCAGCAGCUCGAACGGCUACCACACUAAUAAUGGUCAUGUUCGGCACCAUGGUGCGAAUGGGAGUCCCGAGGGAAACGCUCACAGUGAAUCUGCCCACGGUGGCCCCAUGGUCGACGAAGAUGCUGGGUUCUACCGACCAGAGAAGCUUCCGCACACGACAUGGUUUGAGUACCUACGUGGCUACUCUGUCUUCUUCCCCUACAUGUGGCCUUCCAAGAAGCCAAGCUUGCAGCUUGUCGUCGUCUUCUGCUUCGUUUUGUUGGUCCUCCAGCGACUGGUGAAUAUUCUGGUCCCUUACCAGAUUGGAAUCGUCACCGAUCAGCUCUCUGGUGAAGGUUUGGCAGAUGGGGAGGGACUGCACAUGCCAUGGACAUCGCUCGGGCUGCUCGUACUGUAUAAGUUACUGCAAGGGCCGUCUGGACUGCUUGGAUCCCUAAGAAGCCUCCUCUGGAUUCCUGUUUCCCAGCAUGCGUACCGGGCUUUGACGACAUCAGCCUUCGAGCACGUACAUUCUCUCAGUCUUGACUUCCAUCUAGGCAAGCGAACAGGAGAGGUGCUUUCGGCCCUUAACAAGGGCGCAUCCGUCAACUCUUUUCUGGAGCAGGUCACAUUCCAGGUCUUCCCUAUGAUUGUAGACCUCCUUGUGGCCAUUAGCUACUUUUACUACAAGUUCGACGCCGUCUACGCUGUUAUGGUCUGUUCCAUCACCUUCUACUACCUCUUCCUUACCAUUCGUUUGGCAUCCAAGACAGCAGAUCAGCGGAGAGCCAUGUCCAACGCGGAUCGGGAAGAAGAGGCUGUAAAGAACGACUCGAUUAUAAGUUAUGAGACCGUCAAGUAUUUCAAUGCCGAGGACUUCGAAUUCAACCGCUACAGGGAGGCGAUCGAGAACUUCCAGACAGCCGAGGCCAAGGUCACAUGGAGUCUGAGUAUCAUGAACAUGGCCCAGUCUAUGGUUUUCAUGUCAGGCAUGCUCAUAGCAAUGAUGCUUGGCGCCUACCAGGUGACACAGGGCACGCGGAAAGUCGGAGACUUUGUUGCACUCAUGAUGUACCUGGGGCAGCUUCAAGGCCCGCUCAACUUCUUCGGUACCUUCUAUCGCACCGUCCAGCAAGCCAUGAUCUCCGGAGAGCGACUUCUUGAACUGUUCAAGCAGCGUCCCACUGUGGUCGACCGUCCCGGCGCCCAGAAAGUCACUACAUGCGAAGGCCGUGUCGAAUUUUCUAAGGUCAAAUUCGCAUACGACAGGAGAAAGCCUGCACUGAGGAAUCUCACCUUUACAUGCGAGCCUGGAACGACUACUGCCCUUGUUGGUGAGUCUGGUGGGGGCAAGUCUACCAUGUUUCGUCUGAUGUACCGCUACUUCAGCUGUACAGACGGCAACAUCAGAAUCGAUGGGCGCGAUGUUAAGGACAUCACGAUUGAUUCCAUACGACGCUACAUAGGAGUAGUGCCCCAGGACACAAUCUUGUUCAACGACACUCUCAUGUACAACCUGAGAUAUGCCAAUCAGAGCGCGACUGACGAGGACAUCAUGGCUGCCUGUCAAGCUGCCAGCAUCCAUGAGCGAAUCAUGUCGUUUCCAGAUGGCUAUAACACCAAGGUUGGCGAGCGCGGUCUUCGACUUAGUGGUGGCGAAAAGCAGAGAGUUGCCAUCGCACGCACCCUGCUCAAGAAUCCGAAGAUCAUCAUGCUCGACGAGGCCACUUCGGCCCUGGACACCCAUACAGAGCAGCAGAUUCAGUCUAGACUUGCUAACAUCGGUCGUGGUCGUACGCUGCUCAUCAUUGCACACCGCCUGUCCACGAUAACCCAUGCGGAUCAGAUCCUUGUCCUUCACCAGGGAACGAUUGUGGAGAAGGGCAGCCACGAAAAACUGCUGGAGCUGAACGGUCGGUACGCAUCCAUGUGGAACCGGCAAGCCAAGGCGGAAAAAGCAGCGGAAGAUGCGCGCAAUGCGAUAUCGAAGGCAGAGAAGCUGAUGCGAAAGGCUAACAUCUCAUCGCCAUCAGCUGAGCAUCAUGAGAGAGCCCAGGGAACCCAAACCCAUGGCCAUGAUGACUCGAGCAGUUCAUCCGAUGAGUCGACUACGCCUGGUCGACCAUCAGCACAGCAGGAAUCCACCGGUGCAUCCGAGGUUCCGCCCGCACACUGA